AUGCUACUCGAACGCAAUCCUCAUCCUGCAGCUCCGCGUCGCAGCGUCAGCAAUUCUGAGCAUAUUGCUAAGUCUCAGCAUUUGAGCUUUUUUGGGCGCCAACUGGCUCGCUUCUUGCGUCGAUCCUCUGCCGUGGCUGCUAAACAACCCAACGACGUGCUUGAUCAGAGUGCACAUGGCGCAACUUCGACAAUGUCUCGGCAUAACUCGAUGUGUACAAUGGAUAUUGGUGCCGUAGACCCGGCGAUCUCGUUUAAUUUCCACAAGCCCCAGCGUUUUGCCGUGAGCACUCGACUCGGUGCGAGACGGAUCAACGAAGACCGUUUUCGAGCCAUUGACAACUUGGAUCUUUAUGGUCGUGGGCUACUGGAGAUGGCUCCAUGCUUUGGAGAUCUGCUCAAGGGUCGAGUGUUGGAAAAUUUUGUCGUGGAAGGACAGACGCCAGCACUGAAAGCUCGCAGAUUGCUGAAACAUGUACAAGCGAGCGAGGACACGCAGUUUUUUGGCGUGUAUGAUGGGCAUGGCGGAGCAAAAGCUUCAUCGCUCUUGGCUCUGCUCUUUCCCGUGUAUAUUCUUGCUGCUCCAGAGUAUAUAAGCGACUUGCCGGCGGCGUGUCAUUCGGCGAGUAUGGCGAUUAAUGAAGAGAUUUUGAAAAGAGAGCAGGACGGACACUGUGAAGGAGGAGCUACUGCUCUGACGCUGCUGAUUCGUGGCAAUAUAGCUGUACUGAGUAACACUGGAGACUGUCGAGCUAUCAUAGUGACAAAGAGAGACAACGCAGCGGAAGUGACGCAGCUGACGACGGAUCACAAGGCCUCAAACGAUCAGGAGAAGCAACGGAUUGAAGAUACCGGUGGAAUGGUGUUGUAUGUCAGGGGUGUGGCCCGUGUAAAUGGCCAGCUAGCUGUUGCGAGAGCAUUUGGAGACUCAGAGCUGAGCGAACUUGUCAUUGCCGACCCAGAGGUAACGGUACACGCGCUGCGUCAAGAAGACGAGUAUAUUGUCAUCGCCUCGGAUGGUUUAUGGGAUGUGCUUACCAACGAGCAGGUGGCUUCUUGUAUCAGGAACAACCCGUGGUUAAGUGUACAAGCCAUGGCCCAUAUGCUUACGGACCGCGCUGUCGAGCUAGGCACGCUGGAUAAUGUGACAGUAAUGGUGGUAGACCACAAGACGCUCUUGCAGCAUCAAAAAGGUAGCGGCCCGAUUCAAUUUGCAGCAGAGAAUGCGGUGUUACAAAAUGCAGCCAUGAAACGCGUUCAACAGGACGAGAAUUUGUGUGUGACUGAACGUGAAAAAUUGGAAAGCGACAUCGAAGAUUCGAUGCGGAUGCUCAGUGAGCUGUCUGAGAAGCACAAGAUAACGUCGGUAAGCGCUACAGACCUUGCUGUACCUGAGACUAUGUCGCAGCUAGACCAAAGAGUAUCAAACAACGAGAAACGGUUGAAGAAAGCAUAG